CUCGCCCGCUCCCUGGCCGCGCUCUCCGCCCUCCUUCUUUGCGGGGCGCCGGAGCGACUGAGCGACGGAAGAGCCAGGCAGUGCGGAGAAGUUGUGUGGCCAUUUAGCAAGUAUGAGUCUGCUAAACUGUGAAGACAGCUGCGGUGGCAACCAGCCGGAAAGUGACUGUUGCCCCGCCAUGGCCAGUGCCUGCAGCACCGGUGCCAAGGAGGACAGCAUAAACGGGAGCCCCGUUCCUGGGAACCUUUCCAGCUCCCUGAUGGAAGAGAUUCAAGGCUAUGAUGUGGAGUUUGAUCCACCCCUUGAAAGCAAAUACGAGUGUCCCAUCUGUCUGAUGGCGUUACGGGAAGCUGUGCAAACCCCAUGUGGCCAUCGCUUCUGCAAGGCCUGUAUUGUCAAGUCAAUAAGAGACGCGGGUCACAAAUGCCCUGUAGAUAAUGAAAUACUGCUGGAAAAUCAACUAUUUCCUGACAAUUUUGCUAAACGGGAAAUCCUCUCACUUACAGUGAAAUGUCCAAAUGAAGGUUGUCUGCUGAAAAUGGAACUGAGGCAUCUAGAGGAUCACCAGACACAUUGUGAGUUUGCACUUGUGGAAUGCUCACAGUGCCACCUUUCCUUUCGGAAAUAUCUCCUUCACAAUCAUAUGCUCACGGAGUGUCCAAGGCGGCAAGUGUCAUGUGUGAAUUGUGCUGCCCCAAUGCCAUUUGAAGAGAAAGAGUUCCAUGACCAGAACUGUCCACUGGCAACAGUCUUCUGUAAAUACUGCAACACCAUGCUCAUCCGCGAACAGAUGCCUAAUCACUAUGAUAUAGAUUGCCCAACAGCUCCAAUUCCAUGUACAUUCAGUACAUUUGGGUGUGAUAAGAAGAUGCAGAGGAAUCAUUUGGCACGCCACCUGCAAGAGGAUACUCUGGCCCACAUGCGCAUGAUGGCACAGGCCAUCCAGAACAUCAGCAUUGCAGCUUUUGAUCCGGGGGUGCCCCGGAUCCCCUCAGGAUGCCACCAGGAGGUUCAGAACUUCCAAGAAACCAUCCAGCAGUUGGAGAGUCGCCUUGUGAUGCAAGACCAUCAAAUCCGAGAGCUGACGGCCAAGAUGGAAACGCAGAGUGCUUGCGUAGGGGACCUCAAACGGACCAUUCGAACCCUCGAGGACAAGAUCACCGAGAUGGAGGCGCAGCAGUGCAAUGGCAUUUACAUCUGGAAAAUCAACAACUUUGGGAUGCAUUUGAAAUCCCAAGAAGAGGAGAAACCCGUAGUCAUCCACAGCCCUGGAUUCUACACUGGGAAACCCGGCUAUAAGCUCUGCAUGCGCCUUCACCUGCAGCUGCCCAGUGCUCAGCGCUGCGCUAACUACAUUUCCCUUUUUGUCCACACGAUGCAAGGUGAGUAUGACAGCCAUCUUCCCUGGCCCUUCCAGGGCACGAUACGCCUUACUAUUCUUGAUCAGUCUGAAGCCCCGGUGAGGCAGAAUCAUGAAGAGGUAAUGGACGCCAAGCCAGAUCUGCUGGCCUUCCAGAGACCCACCAUCCCCCGGAACCCCAAAGGUUUUGGCUACGUAACUUUCAUGCAUUUACAAGCCCUUAGACAAAGAACCUUCAUUAAAGAUGAUACUUUACUUGUGCGUUGUGAGGUUUUGACACGCCUGGACAUGAAUAGCUUACGGAGGGAGGGAUUUCAGCCACGCAGUACUGACGCAGGGGUGUAGAGCAUGGCCCCUGGCUUGUGAAAACGGACGCCGUCUGGAGUCUACGGUCGCUUUACCUGGCUUAUGUCACAACUGUAUCUUCCAGGCUUUAUUUCUGGUUGCCUGUGAAGUCGAUUCAAGAGCCUCAGCUCUCUAAAAACCUCUAACUAAUGAAACACAAACCAAAACAAUGGUUUAAAGAAAGAGUAUUUCAUUAUUCAGUCAUAAAGUCUGUACCAUUGCCUAAAAAUCAUUCAUCAAAAAUCUGAAUCCAUAUUAUCCCGAGUCCUCACUCUUUCUGAGACAAUCUAAAUUGAAACAGUUUUCCCUUAGAUAUGAACACUUUGUCUACUUCUGCAAAAGAAUGGAAUCCGAGAUGCCUUUAAUGUAUUUUAGCUGUUUUGUUAGUCUAAGGAUGUCUCUUCUUGUUUCUCAGAUCAAGUCAGAAGAGCAGCGCCAAAGGAUUUUCCUAUGAACUUUACCCAAAGAAUGUUAUGUUAUUUAUUAUCCAAAAGCCAUGAUGAAGCAAUUGAAAGCCUUUUCUUCUCUGGAUAAUCAUAAAUUUCCUUCUAACUAUGUUAUUUUGAUGAUAUUAGACUUAAGUAUAUUGAUAAUCACUACUGCCUUACCUACCCAGAAAGAACAGAUAGUUAGAAAUUUGAGUUCUCAAAAUUUUGACCUCCUUUUUUAGCUCUUGAGAUCUGGGGUAAAGUUCCCAUUUGCUGCUCUUUUUCUCCCAGGGAAUUUCUGGCUGCAAGCACAGUCAUUUAUAGCAGUUUUAAACCAAGAUGAUAAGUAUUUUUAUAAAGAACUUUGAACUUUGCAAAAGGCUUUUCACACUGUACAUGUGAAUGUUAGAGACUUUGAAUACUCAUUAUUGAAUAUUCUUGCAUCUUAAUUCAGUGCACUUUUCUUUGAAGACACAUAAGAGCAUUUUUACUUUCUAUCUUCUCUGUACUGGUUUUCUUAUGAACCUUAUGAGUAAUGUGCCCCGUGCAUAACACUCAUUGCCCCUAUGCUUACAGCCUUCUACAGUAUACGAGUAAUUCACUUUGCUCUCCUAAAUGAACCAUGAUUCCUACCCCUUUCUCCAAUAGCCGUAAACAAUCCAAAUAUAACUAACCCUAUUAUACGACUAGCUCUAGGUAGUAUCUUCAAAGGCUUCCUCCUCACAACGAACAUCCCUCCCCACCAUAAUUCCUAUACCAGCCCUAUCAAAAAUAUCAGCCCUAAUAGUAACUGUUGCAGGCAUCCUAAUUUCAAUUGAGCUAAAUAUGUUAACUAACAAAAUGCCAAUCACACCUCUAAUCCACACAUGUAACUUCUCAAACAUACUAGGUUAUUUCACACACAUUUUCCACCGACUAAACCCUCUGACAAGUCUACAAAUAGGUCAACACAUCGCUACCAUACUAAUUGAUUUAGGGUGAUAUGAAAAAACCGGACCAAAAGGUCAAGCUAACUUACACAGUUCCAUAUCUUCCACUAUUACUUCUAUUCAAAAAGGACUUAUUAAAUAUUACUUCCUUUCCUUCAUAAUCUCUACAACAUUAAUUCUUCUAAUCCUAUAACUAAAGACCACGAAUAACUUCCAAAACUACUAAAAUAGUAAUAAAUAAAAUCCAACCUAAUAACACCAUAGCCCAACCCCCACAACCGUACAACAAAGACACCCCGUUCCAAUCCUGACCUACACAGUAAUUACCCAACGAAUCAAACAAUUCAACAGCUGUAACCACCUCAACCUCCCCCGAUACAAUAAAUCAAACCAUCUCUAUUAACAAGCUGAGUAACAGCAUACUAAAAGCCACUAUAUUACCUACUCAGCUUUCAGGAUACUCCUCCUUAGCCAUAGCAGCAGUAUAACCAAACACCACCAACAUUCCUCCUAAAUAAAUCAAAAAUACAAUUAACCCCAAAAACGUACUAUUUAAACUGACAACAAUAGCACAGCCUAAGCCCCCACUAACCACAAGACUUAAACCCCCGUAUACAGAGGAGGGCUUAGAAGCAAAUGCCACAAACCCAAAAAUUAAUAACAAAGACAAUACAAAAAUAAGCAUCAUUUCCAUAUUAGUUUUAGUAUGGACUUAAACCAUAACCUAUGACCUGAAAAACCAUUGUUGUAAUUCAACUACAAAAACUAA